AUGGGUGUUUGGGAAGCAAAAUGGUAGAAAGAUGAUUCAGUUAUUUUGAGUUUUUUACUUUAUUUGAACGCAUAUUCGAAGAUUUGAGUAACGAUUUUUAUAUGUGAUAGAACAAGUGAUAUGAACUACAAUAACGAAUAAAAAUGCAUUUUUCUAUUCCUGAUACAGAAGAAUUUAGCGAUGAAAAUGGUUCAACGUAUAUGGGCUACAACAUCCACAUAAAUGGAGUGUUUCACUGUACAGUUCGAUACAGACAAUUGCACAACUUGCAUGAGCAACUCAAGAAAGAAUAUGGUGCCAAUAAUUUACCUGUCUUCCCGCCAAAAAGACUUCUUCCAUUAUCGUCCAGUCAGCUGGAGGAAAGACGUGGAAUGCUUGAAAAAUACAUUCAGUCAGUUGGUCAAGAUCCUCAACUGGUGACCACUGAUCUAUUUAAUGGCUUCCUGCUAUCAGCACAGCAAGAAACAAGUUGUGAAAAGUGCCAAGAAGUCCCACUAGAUGUCUUCCUCAUGAAUGGAUACAAGGUCUCGCUUAAUGUCAUGACAACUGAGAGGUCUGACCAAGUUCUUGAGAAAGCUUGUGAUAAAUUGAGCCUGCCAAGUGAAUAUGUAUAUUACUUUUCUCUGUUUCUGAUAAAACGAGAAGAGGAUGGAGACAUAACAAUUUUGAGGAAACUUCAGGAUUUUGAAUCUCCAUACAUAUCACAGAAGUCCAUCCAAGGCGUCCAUCGUGUUGUUCUCAGGAAAAGCUAUUGGGAUCCAGGCUAUGACUUGGAGCUCAUGUCAAACCAAGUGGCUCUCAAUAUGUUGUACAUACAGACAGUGGCAGAUGUAGAGAAGGGUUGGGUGCUUAGCAGCAAGGAGAUGAAACAGCACUUAGCUUCGCUGCAAGCUCGGGGAGUCAAGAAGGAGUACCUGGAUGUGGCUCGCACUCUGAAGUACUAUGGUUUUCUCCAAUUCCGGCCUUGCGUGUGUGACUAUCCCCACCCAGGGUCUCGAGUGCUAGUGAGUAUCGGCAACAGGGAGUUGAAUCUACGUGUAAAGCUGGCAGAAGGACAGGACAUGAGGGAGGGCUGUUUUAAAGUCACACGGAUGAGAUGUUGGCGAAUUACAACAUUACACAAUAAUGCAGAGACAAGCACAGGCGAAAGUAGCAGCAGUGUGAGUCCAGGCCAGGCUCAGCUGGAGCUGUCAUUUGAGUAUCUCAUGUCAAAAGAUAAGUUGCAGUGGAUUACCAUUGCCAGUGAACAAGCUAUCUUGAUGUCUGUCUGUCUUCAAGCAAUGGUGGAUGAACUCCUCCUCAAAAAGACAGGCAUGAAGAGGAAACAGCCUGGUGACAGAGUAAGAAAAGGCAGCUGGUCCUAUAUGAAGAGAGAUGGUAGUAGUCAGUUGAUUAGUGUUAGCCAAUCAUCAUCCACUGAUGGAAUCUGCUCAAAAGUCAACUCAACGAAUGGUGAAGUUAAAUCUCCUAGCAAAACGGAAUCUUCAACGUCGUCUAUGAGGAGGUUGUCAGAGAAGCUGUCUGGUGUGAGUUUGAAAUCUUCCAGUAAGCAGAUACCACAUCCAUUUGUUGAGAACGAUGCUUUUGAAGGAAUUGGCGAUGAGGAUCUCUGAAUUGGCACAGUGUUGCUGAAAGGUAUAUGUAAACUUGAAUCUCACCACUUGUUAAUGAUAAUUAAAUUGUCAUCUAUUGCCAUAUAUGUAUGUAUGUAAAUAAGAAGACUUAUCCUGCGUGAAGAUGUAUUAAAAGUUCAAAAGUCCACUGCUCUGCUGCAGUAAUGAGCUAACUCCAUGGAUUGAAAUCCUUGAGAAGAAAUAUCCAGCCUUUUUAAGGACCAGAAUCCAGAAGUUCAUUAACAUGUUCACAAGAAUCCACCACUUUACUUUUACUUUCCUGUCAGAUGAAUCCUGUCCACAUCAUUGUACCCAAUUUCUCUAACAUCAAUUUUAAUAUUAUCCUUCCAUCUAUACCUUGGUCCUUCCAAGUUGUCCAGGAUUUUAAGAUUUAAAUUUUGUAUGCAUUCUUCUUCUCCCCCAUCAAUUCACUUGAUAAUGUAGCUGUUUGUAAUUUGACCAAAAGUGUAGUUGUGUGAAGGGUUGUCAGAAUGUAAGUCUAUAAGUCUUGUAAAACCCUACAGAGAACAGAAGGUAAGGCAUGUGGCGGAUAGAUCUACUUAAUAAUGAUCAUUCUACUGUUCAGUUAAGACACACUGAGCGUCAGUACGCUGCUGAACAGGUUGGUCUAGAGGUAUUUAGACUUGAAUUUAGGAGGUGCUGGCUGAGAUACCAGCUGUCCUCUUCAAGGGUUCUUUUUCUUUUGUGGUUUUCAUAAUUCCCUUCAGACAAAAGCCUGGAUGGUACAUCAAUUAGGCCACAAGCACUUUCAGAUUAUUUCAUGUUCAUAUAUAUAUAUAUUCUCGUUACUAACCUGCAAAACCAAAUUCAAACCUACAAAAAAAAUUAAAUAUACCAGCGACAAUGAUAAGAGUUAUUCUGAAUCAUACCUUGGUAUUCAUCUUGCACAGUUUGCAUGUGCAAGCUUAGUAAUUGCCUCACCUUUUUGUUUUAGUGGAUAACAUUUGAAAUGAUUCACUGAAUGCUUGAUGUGGAUAUUAUGUCAUCAUACUGUGGGUAAACUAUCUGUGUAGUUGCUCUGUACACCUGGACACAUAUCAUGUUGCAUGAAGUCAGUAUCUUGUUCUUACAGUCAUUAUUUCACUGUUGUUUCCUUGUCAGUUUUGGGCCCCACUCUAUCCAUGUAUUACGUCUCUGGGUCUCGUCCAGUUAAUACUGAGUGCCCGUUCUUUAGGGUAACAUGGCUGGAGCAUGAGUGUGAUCACAUGUCCAUCAAAAGCCAAGGUCUAGAAGCUUGUCACUCUACGUCCCACUUCUGUAUGCCCUUGCCACAUUUUGUGUAACACUUUCUCAUUCCUUUACCAAAUACGAGUACAAAUUCAUCUUCAUGAAAAUGUAAAACAAAGGCCUUUUAGUGUAGAAAAAAUGUAAGACUUGCCGUCUGUUGUUCGUACUGUCCAUUGGAUGGAAUAGAGACAUAAGUGGGCAGGUAAAGUGGAGAAAGCCAUACAACUUGCAAUGUGCACAAAGUGGAAGAGCAGGGGACUGUGCCGAGUGACAUCUCUCUUCUGAUGAACAGUAUUUUUUUUUAUUGCUAGUGGGGUGUGACUAAGUCCCUUGAUCCGCGGCCACUUCUGGCCUAUUGUAG